AUGACGCACCGUCCGGCACAGUAUGCGUCAUUCUUGCCUAGGGUGGUGGGUAGGGCUGCGGUGAUCGGCCCGGCGGUGGCGGCUGAGCCCGACCUGGCCAGACUCACUACCGACGACCUCGUCUCGCGCCUGCUUGUCACCAACGAGACGCUGAGGACUGCCAAUGAUCGUCUGACAGCAGAGCUGGACAUGGCGCAAAAGUCGGCGGGAACGGCAGAGCGGGCAAAGGCUGCACUCGCCCGCCUUGCUGCAGACUAUGAGCGCCGCCGGCCGAAAGCGCAGAAGAAGGCUCAGGCCCAGGCCAAGACCAAGGCCAAGUCGCGCCGAGUUGGUGCGGUCGAUCGUGUGGCCGAUAACCCCGACAGCGAGACCAGCGCGGUCGUUUCGAGCGGUUCAGAUGGCUCAAGGACAGGUGAAGGCAAUGCCCGCACAAUUCAUGAUGCCAAUCGACGCCCGCCAUCGAUCAUCUCGCGGCUGAGCGACUCGUUCACUCUUGAGCCGGUGCGCGAGGUUUCCGGCAUAUUGGAGGAGGGCGGGGAGGCCGCGGCGGCUGAGGCAGUUGGGGGUGCCAAGACUACUGGCCGUCUCAUGUCUCGAUCCAACUUUUCCCGGUCCAAGACCUGGUCGCAGGCACUUGUGGCGGACGACAACCACAGGUCGAGUUCACAAGAGACAACACGGCCAGAGUCUAACCAGGGCUCGGGCUCGAGCUCCAGCUGCACCAGCUCGACAUCGGCCUCAUACAGCUAUCACUCAUACGAAGAGAGUUAUGAAGCGAGCGGCGCUGAGGAGACGGUGAUGGUGAUGCCGUCUGUGUCAGCGGCGACCACAGGUGCUAACUCGAUUGUAAGUGGUGGCGGCGGAGUCUCGCCCGAGGCGCUGGCCGAGGUGCAGGAGGCACUGGAGCGGGUCCAGGGCGAGCGCGACUCACUUCGACUGCGAUACGAGUCGGUGCUCGCCCACUACGAGAACGCGUACAAGCAGCUGUCAGAGAUGCAGCGCAAGUUGCGCGAAGCCGAGAUGCGCGAGCAAGCCAAGGCUGACAACUUUCGCAUCCGGCUCGGCGCCAUGGAGGCUCGGGCGUCGGCGGGGCGGCGAAUGUCGAUCUCGAUCGGCUCGACGUCACGGACAGGCUUGCCGUCGUUGACCUCGCUUCCGCCACUCAGUGCGCGCUCGCAGCGGUCAGCCGAGGAGGCCUGCGGAGGGGAAGGUACCGAGAUGACUGCGGCCGAGAUGACCGCAGCUAUGACCGAGGCUGCGACCGAGGCCAACGACCGCGCUGACCGGCUGUCGUCGGAAAACGCGCGGCUGGAGGGCGAGGUGACAUAUUGCUGA